UCAGGUUGGGGGUUUAGGAGCUGCUGGCUUUUCCUGGGAUGGUCAUGGGCUUCCUCCAGGCGUGUCUGGUAGCCGCCUGUAUCUGCGCCCUGCUCCGGGGCUGCCUGUGCCGACCCGAAGGUUGGGGAACGCUGAAAAACGAUGCGACCGAAAUCAUUCCCGAGUACCCGGAGAUUCGCGCCGAGGUCAGGAAUCACAGCGUGAACCAGGCAAAGCACGGAGGCAGGCGGCGAAGCCAGUCCCUGCAACUGAGGGGAGCAACAGAAUUCAGUUGCCGGGAGCUUCGAUCCACCAGAUAUAUAUCAGAUGGAACAUGUCGCAGUGUGAAACCAGUGAGGGAGCUAAUUUGCUCCGGUCAGUGUUUGCCAGCCCAUCUCCUGCCCAAUUCCAUUGGCCGGGUUAGGUGGUGGAGCCGGCAUCAGACCUCUGACUAUCGGUGUGUACCAGCCCACUCACGAACCCAGCGUGUCCGGUUAGAGUGCCAAAACCAGGAGACAAGGACCUACAAAAUCCAAGUGGUGACUUCCUGCAAGUGCAAAAGGUAUUCCCGCCACCACAACCAGUCGGACAAUAAGCAGUUGAGCAAGGGAGCCAUCUCGAGGAGGAGAAAGACCAAGAAGAAAGCAAUACCCCCUAAAAACAGAGGCAAAGGCAACCAUCAUGACCAAGCUGAUCGAUAUUAGAACUUUCUAUCCAGUUUCAUAUAAUGACUCACUUUAUGAAAAGUCAGUGCUGGAAGAAAAGUCAAUAUGUUUCCAUGUUCUAAAGCACUUACUCUAUAGUGCAUUAAAUCCAGCAUGUAUUAAUAAUUCUUUUGAAUCUCCAAGAGCAUUGCACUCCCUACUCAGAGUGGGGUUAAGUAUUUCCAAACUGAACAAAACGUCCUGACCAAAACAUAGGAUGGCCAUUUCACAAUAUCAGAGAGCUUCACUUUCUUUUUGAAAGCAGAGAACCUAAAAAUAAAACCACAGUCUGUUACUUUGUCUAGUUGGAAAUGUUACUCAAUAGGACAACACAUACACAGUAUUUAAUUUGGAAUGAAUGCUGGCAUUGUUUACAGCAUAGAAAUAGUUAAUCAGUUGGAAAAAAAGCUCAUUUAAGCUAGCAAUAGUUCAACUCUAGAUUAAACAUCCAUGAAGUUAAUGCAUGUGACAAAACAAAAUUAAUUCCUUAAAUUCCUAUUUUUCAAUGAUAGAACAAGGACAUGAUAACAUGAUCCACAGUCUUUUCAAAAUAAAGCUAGACAAUUCAGUAAAUACAUCGCUGAUUAAACAGCGUCUGGACAGAGAGAAACGGAACUUGAGGUGUUGGUAACUGAAAACUUAACCCUGUUUCUGUGUCCAGAAGCUGACAGAUCUACUGAAUAUUUUCAUUCCUUUCUAAUUCUAACUUCAAUCUUUCUACUCUACGCUUGGGCACUGAUGUGAAUUGCCCUCGGUUUUAUUGUGGUGUCAACAGGAACUUUGAAGCAAGGAUAGGCCAAAAUAAUUGAUCUCUAGUGUCACAGGCAAGAUAACACCUCAACAAUUUUAGGACUGGAAAUGCUGAUUGGAGAACUUGGAAACUUAAACCUAUGCCCACAGCCCCUAUCCAUACAUGAAGUAGUCAAGGGAACAGUCCAGAAACCAAAGCAAAAACCUUCAUAAACAGGAGGAGAUGCAUUCUGUCACAGAGAAGAGAGGAAGGCAGAGAAAAUAAAUAAGCUAGGAACAGUUUAUAAAGUCUUAUUCAUAAUGAGUUCAAUGUGUAUUUCAGAUAUCUGGUACUUAUAGAUUUACACAGUAACUUUUGAAAAAAUUGCAAGCUUCUGAAGUGUGUUAUUUUAAAUGUUUGAAGGAGGGCACACAAAUUGUUGACCCUCCCUCCGAUGGAAAACAUUUUUGACAACCUUUCCUUAGUGAAGAUAUUUCUGUUUUUAAACAUAAUUUACCCACUACAUUUAGAAUAUUUUCUUUUGCUUUAAUGUUUGCUUCUUUGUAUGUUGCCAGUCUCAAACUAUAAGUGGUAAGUACCUGUACAUAUCUAAAACAUUACUCUGUUCAUUAAUUUAAUAACAGAAUAUGAUAUGCAAUCCACACCAAUGGCAAUUUUGUGAAGUUGUGUUUGAGCUUUUUGUAUGAAGUUGUAUGUGUAAUAUUUCCACAUUGUGGUGAAAAUGGGACAAGAAACUUUUGUAGCCUCUUAAAGGGAUUGUGAGUUAAGUGGCCAAAGUGCAUAGACGCAAGUAAUUGUUUAAUACAAAUGAAUCAUAUUUAUUUUCUCACUUAAAUUAUUUAUACUGCCAUGUUUCAUUGUAGAUGUGUGAGAACUAUUCUUGCCAUAUACAGUAUUGUAUUAUUGCAAUUUAAGUGUCAUCAAAAUAAAGUAGCAAAAACUCACAUAAACAAUGUUCUUGUCUUAUUGUAUGCAUCAUUAGUCACUCUAAUUGUUGAAGUCAAAUAAAUUAUGGUUAGCUGGCAGAAGGAUACAUUGAGUAAUAGGAACAAAUUUGCCCUGGGUAUUGACAACAGAGCACUCUAUGACUACCUAUGGCAUCAUAGAUGGUAAACUGGCACCGGCUCAAUGAAAACCUGCAUUUAUAUAACACCUAUCACAAUCAGUCAAGAACAUUUGAAGUAUGGUCACUGAACAGAGCACAAUUUGUAAAACAAGGACCCACAGAUAACAAUGAUAUAAUUGACUUGAAAAUUUGUUCUAAUGAUAUUGCUUAAAGGAUGAAUAUAGGACCUAACAUCAGCAGAGUUCCCCUUUUCCAGUUUGUCCAUUGGAUAGGAUAUAAUACAUGGUUAGGUAUCAUACAAACAUGUGUUCCUUGAAUUAGGUUUUGUAUUAAAGAUGGUACCUCAAUGCAGAAAUUCUGAAAAGUAUGUUAGGAAUGACGAUUGGUGGCAGUGCAUACAUUAUCUAGUGAUUUCAUAAAUGUCAAGUUACCUCCAAAAACCUCAAAAAAUGCUCUAAUGCAGACCCCAAGAGCCUCUAUUACUGGAAUUGUUGUUAAUGAUGCAUAAAGGUGCAUUCUUCAAUGGAAAGGAAGAGCAUUUAUGGGCCUGAUCGGCUUUUUUUCAAUAUGUUCAAAACACAACCAAAUAUAUAUCUUUAAAAGUUGAUGUUUCAAGCUGUUGUAUUCCUAAUCAUUGCUACGAUGUGUUUGCUGCACUGAGUUAUUGCUGCAUUAUUAACAAUAUCAAAUGGAUUUACCCUGUUCUUCCCUACUGCUUACUUAG